AUGGCUGCAACGCCGGAGAGGAGGUCAAUCAAGGGCAUUAACGAAGUAGACGAGUAUCACUUUCACACAUGCGGCAAUGAGAACGGCGAACCCCUCUUCUUGCACCACGGAUUUACGGGUAGCGGCCUGGUGUGGCUCGCCAUGGUGGCGCACCUGCCGCUGCAGCAGUACCGGUGCAUCAUCUUUGACACUCGCGGUAGCGGCUCCAACACCGCCACCUACGCUCAUUACCGCGACUUCACACUCGAGCGCUUGGCCGACGACGUGGUCGGGCUGGCCGACGCACUGGGCAUCUCACAAUUUUCUUUUGUCGGCCACUCCAUGGGAGGCGGCAUCGGCAUGCUCCUCGCUCUCCUCCACCCACAACGAGUCAAGCGGCUCAUAUUGGUGGCGCCUAUCCCGUCUGACGGCUUGGGGUUCAUCCCACCGAAGGCCCACGAGCGCGAUCGCUGGACGCGAAGCCAGCCCGACGCCCGCGCCAGGCUCGCGGAGGAGGCCAAGGCCUUCGCCGCGCGGCCGCCCAGUGAUGAAGAGGUCGAGCGCGGAGCGUGGGAGGCGAUGCUCAAGUUCAACGUGAUGGAGCGGCUGCACACGAUGCGGGUGCCCACCCUCAUGGUGGCCGGAGCCGCGGACGGUCUGCUCCACCUCAACCUACGCGAUUUCGAGAAGCUCAAGCUGGCCUCGCUGCACGUCUUCAGCCGAGUCGGCCACCUCAUCCCCCGCGAGGUGCCCAGAGAGUUGGGUGAGUGCGUGGUCGACUUCAUCGAGCACGGUGUGGUCACGUCGGUGACUCUGGCGAAGCAGUACAUGGCCAAGAAGAGGCAGGAGCGCGAAGCGGCGGCCCACAAGAAGAGCGCGCUCUAG